CACUUGCCUCCUUUCAGGUUUGUUCCUAACACCCACCAUAAAUCCCAACCAAAAAAACAAUCUUUUGUGUCUUCUCUUACAUGUGCAUGUCCCUCUCACACUUCUUUCAACAAUCCACCACUUCAUAUUAUAAAUACAAGGUCAAAAAUCAACCCUUUUCCUCAAGAGUCCUUAACUACUUUGUUUUGUUAGAUGCAUUUUUAUUAUUCAUAUUGAAUUGACCAGGGAAGGCUCUACCAAGGGAAAAGGGAUCCAAAUUUUCAAUCUUUUUUCUCUUCUUCUUCUUGGGUCUCUCUUCCCUUCUUAUUCACUCUUCAUCAUGGCCCCUAACAAGCUCAAUUCAUCAUCGGGAAACUCAAGUGUACAUGGUUCACAGUCUGAUAAUGGUUUUAUCAGUUCGUUUUCUCUAUUCCCCGAGAAAGCGGUGCAAGAACUUCUUCAGUCUCCAGUCCAGGGAUCAGACGACCAUCUUAUAGAGUUCUCGGAGGCGUUAAGAACCGUUGCGAAGGCCUUAAGGCGAGUAGCUGAAGGAAAAGCUUCUGCUCAAGCUGAGGCCGCUGAAUGGAAACGGAAAUUCGAGUUGGAGAGGGCGCGGAAUCUGCAGUUUGAUUCUACAGAGAAAUCAUCCCUAGAGAAUCAAGCAGAUCUUGGUGAUGUGAGGAUAAACAACCCCGCCAACCAUCCUCCGUUAUCUAAGAAAGCUAAUGAGCGGUUUGAAAGAUGCUGUUCAAGCAAUGGUAUUUGCUCCCAUGAAGUUCUUAGGGAUGGGAAAUCUGAUUCUGAUUCCAAAAUGGUCAGAAAGGCUUCGUUUAAACUUUCAUGGUAUUGCAAAGGUGAGCAAAGUGACCAGCACAAACAUGACGUUGUCUCUUUCGAAAAAGGAAAUAUAACCACCGCAGAGCGCAGUAGUAAGCAGAUAUCUUUGAAGUGGGAAUCAAGCCCGCAGACUGUGCUCAUAUUAACCAAACCAAAUUCAGCUUCAGUUCAAAUUCUGUGUGUUGAAAUGGUUAGAUGGCUGAGGCAGCAAAAGAAGCUAAAUAUCUAUGUUGAACCACGUGUCAGGGUGGAUCUUUUGACCGAGUCAUCAUACUUCAACUUUGUUGAAACCUGGAAUGAUGAUAAGGAAGUUCUGGCACUGCACACUAAAGUUGACCUGGUAAUAACGCUUGGCGGUGAUGGAACUGUCCUAUGGGCGGCAUCUAUGUUCAAAGGGCCAGUACCGCCUAUCGUCCCCUUCUCUUUAGGUUCUCUCGGCUUCAUGACCCCUUUUUAUAGCGAGCAUUAUAAAGAGUGCCUUGAUUCAAUUUUGAAGGGUCCUAUUAGUAUCGCGUUACGACACCGGCUGCAAUGCCAUGUCAUACGAGAUGCAGCUAAAAAUGAAUACGAAGCUGAAGAACCCAUACUUGUCCUAAACGAGGUUACGAUUGACCGUGGAAUAUCAUCCUUCCUCACAAAUCUCGAAUGUUAUUGUGACAACUCCUUCGUCACGUGUGUGCAAGGCGACGGAUUAAUCUUAUCUACAACAUCUGGCAGUACUGCGUAUUCAUUGGCAGCCGGCGGUUCAAUGGUCCAUCCUCAGGUUCCAGGUAUUUUGUUCACACCAAUAUGCCCACAUUCUCUAUCAUUUAGGCCAUUGAUAUUACCUGAGCAUGUAACUUUGAGGGUGCAAGUGCCAUUCAAUAGCAGAAGCCCUGCAUGGGCCUCUUUUGAUGGCAAGGACAGGAAGCAAUUAGAACCAGGGGAUGCCCUUGUGUGCAGCAUGGCGCCAUGGCCAGUUCCCACGGCGUGCCUUGUUGAUUCUACCAACGAUUUCUUGCGCAGUAUUCACGAGGGACUCCAUUGGAACUUGAGAAAGACACAAUCGUUCGACGGUCCUCGUGAAUCAUAACUUCUAAAUAUCUAUUGUUCCUGUUUUCGUAACAUUUGUCACUCUGGAAAUUCGAUACUAUAUCGAAUUUCCAGAGUGACAAACGGAAUGGAGAGUAUAUUCUUUUCAGUAGGGCUUUAGGGGCCUUCACAGGGCCUACAGUUGGAUGUUUAUAGAAAAUUGCUAAGUUAACUUUGUUUAGUGUAGUUUUCUUUCUUGUAUCAAUAGAAGAUUGUAUUCAUAAUUUUCUGUUUUUCACUACAGUAUUGUCCACCGAUGAUGAUGAAAAUUGUAGAGAAUUGAGUUGGGAGAUUAUGUUAUUGUAAGAGCUGAACAACUAUGGAAUCAGUACUCCACACUUUUUUUUUAGGAGAAAAAGAUAAUUAAACUCAAUAGUUUGCCU